CUUUCUCAAUGCAGCUAAAAUGGCAGAAGCAAAUAUUCUGGUGGCAGAGGACCAGUUUAUCUGUCCAGUUUGUCUGGAGAUAUUCAAGGACCCAAUCACUAUUACAUGUGGACACAGUUACUGUAUGAAGUGCAUUCAGAACUACUGGGGUAUUUCCGAUCUCUACAGCUGCCCCGAGUGCAGACAGAUCUUUAACCAAAAGCCCGUUUUGGGCAGAAACGUCAUUCUGGCUGAGGUUGUUGAGAAAUUAAAGAAGACAGGGCUUAAUCCUCCUCCUGCUCAAAGUUAUUCUGGACCUGGAGAUGUGCCGUGUGAUUUCUGCACUGGGAGAAAGUUCAAAGCUGUGAAAUCCUGUUUGACGUGCCUGGCCUCUUACUGUGAAACACACGUCAAGCCACACUAUGAGGGUGCUGCUUUCAAGAGGCACAAGCUGAUCAAUGCAAUUGGAAAUCUGGAGCAGAAGCUUUGUGCUGAACACCAACGAUUAUGUGAGGUAUUCUGUAGAACCGAUCGGACGUGUAUUUGCUGGUUGUGUACAGAUGAGGAACACAAGAGCCAUGAUACAGUCUCAGCUGAGACAGGAAGGACUGGAAAACAGAAGCAGCUCGGAGAGACACAGAUAGAAAUACAACAGAGAAUCCAGGAGAGACUGAAAGAAGUGGAGGAUCUGAAACAGGCUGUGCAGUCACUGAAAAGCUCUGCACAGAAAGAAAUAAAGACAAGUGACAGAAUCUUUACCGAGCUGAUCCGAUCCAUUGAGAAGAUCCACACUGAGGUUAUUGAGCUGAUUGGAGCUAACGAGAAGGCUGCAGUGAAUCAGGCUGAAGCACUCAUGAAGAAACUGGAGCAGGAGAUUGCUGAGCUAAGGAGGAGAAACACUGAGCUGAAAGAACUUUCAGAGACAGAGGAUCACAUCCAUUUUCUACAGAAUUUCCAGUCUCUCUGUGCCCAUCCUGAAGCUGGAAACUUACCCAGCCUUACUGUCAAUACAGACAUCUCUUUUGUGGCUGUGAGGAAAGCUGUAUCUGAACUUAAAGACCAUAUUGAGGACUUCUGCAAGGGGGAAUUGGUCGAAAUAACAAAAACAGUGAAUGAAGCUGCAGCCUACAGUUUGCAGAUUUCAGAGCAAGUGGACAGAGACAAGUUUUUAAAAAAUUCCUGUCAACUAACACUGGACCCCAACACAGCACAUAGAAACCUCUGUCUGUCUGAAGGGAACAGAAAGGUGAUACGGAGGGGAGAGAACCAGCCAUAUCCUGAUCAUCCAGAUAGAUUUGACACCUGGGCCCAAGUGCUUUGUAGAGAGGGUUUGUCUGGGACUCCCUGUUACUGGGAGAUUGAGUGGAGUGGGGGAGGGGCUUCUAUAGGAGUCGCAUAUAAAGGAAUCAGCAGAAAAAAACAAGGUAAAUCCUGUGGCCUCGGCUUUAAUGACAAGUCCUUGAGUUUGGAGUGCUCUGGCUCCAGUUAUACUGCCCGGCACAAUAAUAAGAAAACUGCAAUAACUGCCCCCCGCUUCCCCAGAAUAGGAGUGUAUCUGGACUUUAAUGCCGGCACUCUGUCAUUUUAUGGAGUCUCUGACACAAUGACCCUCCUGCACAAGUUCCAAACCACAUUCACUGAGCCGCUGUAUCCUGGGCUUCUGCUUUAUUGCCGUGAUUCCCCUGUAACAAUCUGCCAGCUGAACUAGACUGGUUUGUAUUUUAAGAAAACCUUUGUUUUGAGCUUCCUGUCUGUUCUCUGAACUCCUCAGGUGAAGGAAAUGUUCAGUCUAACAUUGUCCAUGUGGAUUCAUUGUGUAAAAUAAAGUAGUUAGUCUGGAAGAUCAAUACAGUGUGACCUUCUUUUUCAGUUCACCACAUUCUUCUAUAUUUCAGCCUUUCAUGCUCUACUCUAUUCCAUGGUGACAGUCCAGUUUGAUUACCUUCCUCAAAGGCAGUUUUAUCUGUUGUAAGAACACAAGCACAAUCCAAGCCUCUGAAAACUGCUUGUGAGUAAGAGGUUGCUCAAUUACACAUUCAAGCCCUGUUACAGAUCACAGUGCAAAACAGACAUUAAACCGAGGAUAGCUGUUUUUCAAAAUGAUUUUGUGUUCUACUGAUCACACAUUUUACAGAGUGCCCCAUAAAGAUGCUUUUUCCAAUAUGGGUUAAUGAGGCAACAACCUUCUUCAAUAUUCCUGUUUGCUUAUCACUGGCCAGGUUGUUUCGAUCAGGAAAGAGACUCGGACACAAGGAAAGCUGCAGGUUAACGCACUUCUGAGCACUUCAAUAAUAAAAUAAUAAUAAAAACAAAUAGGAAUAAUGGCCAAAACAAACGGUUGAAACAAAACUAUAUAUAUAUAUAUAUAUAUCAAAUAACCAGCUUCCCAACGUUUCAAAAUGUUGUCCAUAUCUUUCUCAAAGGAGCAGCAUGUAUUUGAAUCAAAACAUUGGAGGUAUUUAUAGGUGUUUGACAGCAUGACAAGUACUUGCUAUUGUUUAUAUUCAAAUCCAUGAUUUAUUCUUACAUGAUGUAAUGGUGUUCUAUAUUUUGUGACAUCAUUUUUACUUAUAUCUUUAAAUUUGUUUUAAUUCUAAUUAACAUUAUUUUAUAUAAACUUAUAUUUAUAUUAUCAUGCAAUGCUGGCUCUGAGGAUCAGCCUUGAUUUGGCCUCCCCAGCACAUCAGCAUUAUUAUUAUUAUUAUUUAUUUAUUAGCAGACGCCCUUAUCCAGGGCAACUUACAAUUGUUACAAGAUUAUUUUUCACAUUAUUUUUACAUACAAUUACCCAUUUAUACAGUUUGGGUUUUUACUGGAGCAAUCUAGGUAAAGUACCUUGCUCAAGAGUACAGCAGCAGUGUCCCCCACCUGGGAUUGAACCCACGACCCUCCGGUCAAGAGUCGUAACCACUACUUUACACUGCUGCCACUUUUGAAUGAAUUUUGUUUAUUUAUUUAUUUAAAUGUUAUAUAUUUAUUGGAGUUAAUUAGUUUAUUCUUUUCUGUUGAGUCCCGCUGGCAUAAUCGUCUUCAGUCUAUUGAUCCAUUUACUUUCUUUUAUUCUUCUAUAUGUCGCAUUGUCUAAUUUUAGCUGUUCUAAUACUACAAACUUUACAUCAUUUAUGUAAUGUCCUUGACUGGUGAAGUGCUGUACUAUUGGUUCAUUCAUUUUUUUAUUUUUUUAUGAAAGGUGGUUCUGAAUUCUUUUGUAUAAAGUUGUUCCAGUCUCUCCAACAUAUUAUUAUUAUUAUUAUUAUUAUUAUUAUUAUUAUUUAUUUCUUAGCAGACGCCCUUAUCCAGGGCGACUUACAAUUGUUACAACAUGUUACAACAUAUUUUAUUUCAUCACAUUUUUCACAGGCUAUUCCAUAAACAACAUUGCUAUUUUUACAGUAGGUUUUAGUUUUUAGUGGAUAUGUGUUGUUCUUAUGUUUAAUUAUAUUUUUACUUUUGUCCAUGUAUUUACACACUUUACAUGUACUAGUGCAAGUAUUUGUAGAACCUACUCUGUCAGUUAUUCUUUUAUGUUUACUGUGAACUAAAAUAAAAUUUGUUAAUACGUUUCUUUGUUUUACAUAGUCACUUUCUUUAGAGAGCAUAUUCUUCAUAUUCUUAUUCCUAGACCCUUUGGGAUUGCCCUUUUAGUGUGUAUCGGAUGUGCAGAGGACAUGUGUAAAUACUGGUGCAUGUCAGUAGGUUUACAGAAGAGGUCAGUCUCAAUUGAACCUUCUUCAAGUUUUACUAUGGUAUCUAAAAAUUAUAUUUCUUUUCUUGUCCAUCAAAGGUCCACCUUAAUAUUUCUCUUUCUGAUUUUCUAAGUAAUUGUUCUUCCCAUUUCCCCAUGUAUGUACUGGCAAAAUGCAUUCCUAAUUUAGAUCCUAUUGCUGUACCAUCGUUUUGUUUGUAAUUCUUAUCAACAAAUGUAAAAUAACUGUUUUCUAAAACUAUGUUAUUUGUGUUCAACAC